AUGCAUAGAACAUACUCUUUGAGAAGCUCUAGAGCGCCAACUGCUGCUCAGAUGCAGUCCCCUCCACCUCCACCAUCAUCUACCAAGUCUAGAUUCUUCGGUAAGGGUGGUAUUGCCUCUACUUUCAGAAAGAGCACUGCUGGUAACUUCGGUCCAGAAUUGUCCAGAAAGCUAUCCCAAUUAGUUAAGACUGAGAAGAACGUUUUGAGAGCUUUGGAAGUUGUUUCCAAUGAAAGACGUGCUGCUGCUAGACAGCUAUCCUUGUGGGGUUCUGAGAACGACGAUGACGUUUCCGAUGUUACCGACAAGUUGGGUGUCCUUAUCUUCGAAUUGGGUGAAUUGCAAGACCAAUUCAUCGACAAAUACGACCAAUACCGUGUGACUAUGAAAUCCAUCAGAAAUAUUGAAGCCUCCGUCCAACCAUCCAGAGACAGAAAGGAAAAGAUCACUGACGAGAUUGCACACUUGAAGUACAAGGACCCAAGCUCCACUAAGAUUCCUGUUUUGGAGCAAGAAUUGGUUCGUGCCGAGGCCGAAUCUUUGGUUGCUGAAGCUCAAUUGUCCAACAUCACAAGAGAAAAGUUGAAGGCUGCUUUCAACUACCAAUUCGAUUCUAUCAGAGAAUUGGCCGAAAAGUUUGCUUUGAUUGCCGGUUACGGUAAGGCUCUACUGGAAUUGCUAGACGACUCUCCAGUCACCCCAGGUGAGACCAGACCAGCUUACGAUGGUUACGAUGCCUCCAGACAAAUCAUCAUGGAUGCUGAGGGUGCUCUAGAAGCUUGGACUUUGGAUGUUGCUGCUGUCAAGCCAACUCUAUCCUUCCAUCAAACCGUUGAUGAUGUCUACGAAGAAGAAGAUGGCGAAGAAGUUCAGGAAGGUGAAGAAGGCCAACAAUGGGAAGAAGAACAACAGGAAGAACACCAUGAAGGUGAAAACUAA